GCUGUAUCUGGAGAAAGGUGGAUCAAUACAUCAGGCCGUCGAUCCAAUCACAAAGUCAAGAGCUUUGUCCAAGUAAUGUUGACUUGAGCCCUUUGUAGACCUGGACAUACUUAACAUACCUGCCAUUUGCUGGAGCAAUUCAAGUUUCCACCUCUCUCGAUAUCGGCCCAAUGUUGUCAUCACAGGCUACAGUUCAACAGUUGCUGACCUUGACCCUGGCUACAUCCUAACCUGUUGCCCACCUGUCUGGCAUGAGGAAGUUUGGUGCUGUACUGGCAUACCUUGUGCUGUGCUGGGCCCACCUGACCACUGGCCAUGGUCGACUCUGGGAGCCCCCGGGCCGGAGCAGCAUGUGGGACAGGGGGUACAAGACCCCAGUCAACUACCAGGACACCCAGCUCUUUUGUGGCGGAUUCAACCACCAGGUACAGUUGGGCUACAAAUGUGGGGUAUGUGGAGACCCAUAUGACGGAGAACGUGAGAAUGAAGAAGGCGGUAAAUACGCCACCGGCAUCGUGACCCGCAGCUACACACAAGGUCAAAGGGCAACAUUCAAGGUUGACCUUACAGCAAACCAUAAAGGAUAUUUCGAGUUUAAGAUCUGCCCCACCAACAACCCGGGGGUGAGGACGACCCAGGAGUGUUUGAACCGUUACACCCUUCAGCUGGCUGACGGCUCGGGGACGCGCUAUAUGAUCAGGGACGAAGAUAUCAAGAUCCACAGCAUCGAUGUGGUCCUACCCCGGGACCUGACCUGCAGCUUGUGUGUGCUGCAGUGGAGGUAUCAUACAGGCAACAACUGGGGCGUGGACCCUGACGGCAGGACAUGUAUAGGCUGUGGACCACAGGAAGAAUUCUACGGCUGUUCGGACAUCAGUAUUCUACCGUCUGUCGGCACGCGGGCCGUGUCAGCCAAUCAGGGAUGGAACCCUCUGGCCACCCCCGGUGUAAACACUUACCAAAGUCUAAACCCGAGCCCACCAUCGGCAAGACCACAACCUUCCUACCCAAGCCCACCUCCAUCAUAUCAAGGCCAGCCCCAAACAUACCCAAGCCCACCGCCAUCAUAUCAAGGCCAGCCCCAAACAUACCCAAGCCCACCGCCAUCAUAUCAAGGCCAGCCCCAAACAUACCCAAGCCCACCGCCAUCAUAUCAAGGCCAGCCCCAAACAUACCCAAACCCAUCGUCUCUAGCAGAGACUACCAGAAACACGACGGCAAACGAUUCAGUCAGACAGAAGUGGGUGUGUCUGGGGGUUCCAGGUAAACUAGAGUACAACUACUGGUGUCAGGUGUACUGCAUGUGGGGCUACUGUCCCGCCACCUACUGCAGGUGUAUCCCCAGGACUAAAUCGUGUGUGGGAGUUGGACACUUUUCUAAAGUCCCGGGCUCGACUGACUGGUGUAUCAGCAACUGUCACAGUGGGCUGUGUCCGGCAGAUUACUGUAGCUGCAGCUAGACGAAGCCAUUGUGUCCGGCAGAUUAGCUGCAGCUAGACGUAGUCUGUGUCCGGCAGAUUACUGUAGCUGCAGCUAGACGUAGUCUGUGUCCGGCAGAUUAGCUGCAGCUAGACGUAGUCUGUGUCCGGCAGAUUACUGUAGCUGCAGCUAGACGUAGCCUGUGUCCGGCAGAUUAGCUGCAGCUAGACGUAGUAUGUGUCCGGCAGAUUACUGUAGCUGCAGCUAGACGUAGUCUGUGUCCGGCAGAUUAGCUGCAGCUAGACGUAGUAUGUGUCCGGCAGAUUAGCUGCAGCUAGACGUAGUAUGUGUCCGGCAGAUUACUGUAGCUGCAGCUAGACGUAGUCUGUGUCCGGCAGAUUACUGUAGCUGCAGCUAGACGUAGUCUGUGUCCGGCAGAUUACUGUAGCUGCAGCUAGACGUAGUCUGUGUCCGGCAGAUUAGCUGCAGCUAGACGUAGUAUGUGUCCGGCAGAUUACUGUAGCUGCAGCUAGACGUAGUCUGUGUCCGGCAGAUUACUGUAGCUGCAGCUAGACGUAGUCUGUGUCCGGCAGAUUACUGUAGCUGCAGCUAGACGUAGCCUGUGUCCGGCAGAUUAGCUGCAGCUAGACGUAGUCUGUGUCCGGCAGAUUAGCUGCAGCUAGACGUAAUCUGUGUCCGGCAGAUUACAGUAGCUGUCUGAAUGGUUUCGAAGUUUCGGACGAUCAACGAAGAUUAAGUCAAAUACAUCCUGAAGGAAGCUAAAUAUAGAAU